GCGCCAGGAGCAGCCGGAGCAGCCGCGCGCACGCACCGCACCAAGUCUAUGGGCCCCGGGAGCCGCUGAGCGCCCUCAGCCCUCCGCCGCCCCGCGCGCCUCCCGCCCGCACCUCGCGCCUCCCGCCUCCCGCCUCCCGCACGCCCGGCCCGGCCCGGCCCGCGCCCCCGCCGCCGCCAUGAACCACUCGCCGCUCAAGACCGCGCUGGCCUACGAGUGCUUCCCCAACCAGGACCACUCGACGCUGGCGCUGCCCUCGGACCAGAAGAUGAAGACGGGCACGUCGGGCAAGCAGCGCGUGCAGGAGCAGGUGAUGAUGACGGUCCGGCGGCAGAAGUCCAAGUCCUCGCAGUCGUCCACGCUGACCCACUCCAACCGAGGUUCCAUGUAUGACGGCCUGGCUGACAAUUACAACUACGGCACCGCCAACCGAAGCUACUACUCCAAGCUGCAGGCGGGCAGCGGCUCAUGGGGCUACCCGCUCUACAAUGGGACCCUCAAGCGGGAAGCCGACAACCGGCGCUUCAGCUCCUACAGCCAGAUGGAGAACUGGGGCCGCCACUACCCCCGGGGCGCCUGCCACACGGGCGCGGGCAGCGACAUCUGCUUCCUGCAGAAGAUCAAGGCCAGCCGCAGCGAGCCCGACCUCUACUGCGACCCGCGGGGCACCCUGCGCAAGGGCACGCUGGGCGCCAAGGGCCACAAGACGGCCCAGAGCCGCUACAGCUUCUACAGCACCUGCAGCGGCCAGAAGCCCGCCAAGAAGUGCCCGGUGCGCCCGCCCUCCUGCGCCUCCAAGCAGGACCCGGUGUGCGUCCCGCCCAUCUCCUGCAACAAGGACAUGUCCUUCGGCCACUCGCGGGCCAGCUCCAAGAUCUGCAGUGAGGACAUCGAGUGCAGCGGGCUGACCAUCCCCAAGGCCGUGCAGUACCUGUGCUCCCAGGAUGAGAAGUACCAGGCCAUCGGGGCCUACUACAUCCAGCACACCUGCUUCCAGGAUGAGUCGGCCAAGCAGCAGGUCUAUCAGCUGAGCGGCAUCAGCAAGCUGGUGGACCUCCUCCGCAGCCCCAACCAGAACGUGCAGCAGGCCGCGGCCGGGGCCCUGCGCAACCUGGUGUUCCGGAGCGCCACCAACAAGCUGGAGACCCGCAGGCAGGGCGGGAUCCGGGAGGCCGUCAGCCUCCUGAGGACCACCCGGAGCACGGAGAUCCAGAAACAGCUGACGGGGCUGCUCUGGAACCUGUCCUCCACGGACGAGCUGAAGGAGGAGCUGAUCUCGGACGCCCUGCCCGUGCUGGCCGACCGCGUCAUCAUCCCCUUCUCCGGCUGGGGCGAUGGCAACAGCAACCUGUCCCGGGAGCUGGUGGACCCUGAGGUCUUCUUCAACGCCACCGGCUGCCUGAGGAACCUCAGCUCGGCCGACGCGGGCCGGCAGACCAUGCGCAACUACGCGGGGCUCAUCGACGCCCUCAUGGCCUACGUCCAGAACUGCGUGGCCGCCAGCCGCUGCGACGACAAGUCCGUGGAGAACUGCAUGUGUGUCCUCCACAACCUCUCGUACCGCCUGGACGCCGAGGUGCCCACCCGCUACCGCCAGCUGGAGUACAACGCCCGCAACGCCUACACCGAGAAGUCCUCCACCGGCUGCUUCAGCAACAAGAGCGACAAGAUGAUGAACAACAACUACGACUGCCCCCUCCCCGAGGAGGAGACCAACCCCAAGGGCAGCAGCUGGCUGUACCACUCGGAUGCCAUCCGCACCUACCUGAACCUCAUGGGCAAGAGCAAGAAGGACGCCACCCUGGAGGCCUGUGCGGGGGCCCUGCAGAACCUGACGGCCAGCAAGGGGCUGAUGUCCAGCGGCAUGAGCCAGCUGAUCGGCCUCAAGGAGAAAGGGCUGCCGCAGAUCGCGCGCCUGCUGCAGUCGGGCAACUCGGACGUGGUGCGCUCCGGCGCCUCCCUGCUGAGCAACAUGUCCCGCCACCCGGCGCUGCACCGAGCCAUGGGGAACCAAGUGUUCCCCGAGGUGACCCGGCUGCUGACCAGCCACACGGGCAACACCAGCAACUCAGAAGACAUCCUGUCCUCGGCCUGCUACACCGUGCGGAACCUGAUGGCUUCGCAGCCGCACGUGGCCAAGCAGUUCUUCUCCAGCAGCAUGAUCAACAACAUCGUCAACCUGUGUCGCAGCAGCGCCUCCCCCAAGGCUGCCGAGGCCGCUCGGCUGCUCCUGUCUGACAUGUGGUCCAGCAAGGAACUGCAGAACAUCCUCCGACAGCAAGGCUUCGACAGGAACAUGCUGGGAGCCUUAGGCGGGGCCAACAGCCUCCGGAACUUCACCUCCCGGUUCUGAGAGGGGCUGCCCGAGCAGGCUUGGCUUGCAGAAAUGACACGACCCCACGGAGACCUCGGCCUGGCCGGAGGGUUGUUCUGCCCACCUGUGCAGUAUUCGGAAAAGUUCAAGCAACCGAGAGCAAAACCUGAAAACUGUGGAAGAUGGAGAGAUUUUUAGAUUCUUUUUUUUCCCCUUGGCAAUGGGGGCUGGGGAGGGUGGGGGGGGGUGCCUUUCUUGAGUUAAGAGCUUUUUCCCAUGUCCAUACUUCCUUUGCUGAGAAAUGGUAUAUAUAUAUAUGUAUAACGUAAGUGUGUGUGCACGCGUGUGUGUGCAUGGGUGCACGUGUGUGUGGGUGCGUGCACGUGUGUGUGUGUGUGUUGUGUGUGUGUGUGUGAGCCUAUGGGCUUGGCCGUGAACCACAGGUGCUAGGCAGCUGUCGAUGCAGCUCAAAGGCGGAGGAGGCUCUCCUGUGUCUUACCCUGUGCUUUGUGGGUGCCCCCGGGCUCCCCCCCAGGGCCCUGCAGGGGGACCGUCCCCCAGGGGCAGCCCUUCCCCCUCUGGAGGCAGCUUGGCAGGAAGGAGGGGGGCUGGGUGUUGAGGCCCGUGGGUCUCAUGGGUCAGUCUGGGUGCCUGACAAGGCCACCGACCCGCAGAGCCACACCUGGUUCGCCCUGUGGGGUCCCUCCUAGGGGAGUGGGGCUCAGGGAGGGGGGAUCCCGUGUCUGUGGGCUCAGCCUGUGAGUGUCAUCCUAGUCUCCAGGGGCAGGCAAGGCACCAGCUGCUGGAGGAAGACGGAAACGCGGGGCUGGGAGCCACGGGCUGGCCAGGGAGUGACCGGCUGUUUGCCCUUCAUCUGCCCUGUGGGGAGGGGCCGGACAGGGGCCAUUUCAAACUCCCGGGAGGUGCCUGGGAGACUCAAGUGAGGGCGGGUGUGGGGUUUGGGACACACGGAGGAACGGCAAAAUAGACCAGCAACGGGACUGUCCCAUCAGGCCGCUGGCAAGCCCACGCCUUGGCCAGAGCCCCCCCGCCCCCAUCUCCCAGCCGGCCGGCCUGACUCCACCCGAAUGAGACAGAAGAGACCCCUCCGGGGGUCCGGCACCCCAAGACCCCACUUCAGGUGCAUUUCAGAUGGGAAACCGCAGGGCCUCCUGGGAAGAGCUGGCUGGACACAGGCCUCCGUGUGCUGUGGCCCGAGCGGACCUCAGGGGCCAGGGGGCCAGGGGCCCAGGUGUUCCUGCCCCAGCCCCCGCCUUGCUGGCCCCCUGUGGGGCCUCAGGCAGAAAGUCCCUGUGGCCCAUGUCCUUCUCUGGGCCCUAGCCCGCGGAGCCUGGCGCGGAGGUGGGACGGCUGGGGUGGCAGCAGCCAGGCUGUGGGAGGGGCCGGGGGUGCUGGGAGCUGUCUGGCGCCCCGUCCCCUGCUCCGUGUUGGUGUGAGAGCUCCGUGCUGGCCUGGCCGGGCCCCGUUCGCCUGUGUGAUACGCUAUGUAUUUGCUUUUUUGAAAUCAAUAAAUUGCUGGCAUUUCUGUGA